GUGACAAUGGUGCUGCUGAAACCAGCACUGUGCGUGCUGCUGGUCGUGCUGUGUUCAGCAGACGCCAUUAAUGUGCUGAUCCUGCACCCGGUGUACGCCGGCAGUCACGAGCUGACGCUGCGCGUGCUCGGCGAGCAGAUGGUGGAGCGUGGCCACAACGUCACACAGAUCAGAUGGCUGAGCCGCAAGUCAAAGCCGGUGCAGUCGCCGGUGGAGCUGUUCAGCCGCCGCGUCAACAACUCGGACCUGCGCUCGUCUUACUUCGACCGCGACGGCGUGUUCGUGCCACCGACCGACAUGCUGUGGCAGCGCCGCCGCCGUCUGUACCGCCUGCCAACGGACGUGUUCUCGAUGACGCGCGCCCACUGCCAGGACUUGCUCGGCGAUCGGCAGCUGUUCGAGACCUUGCGCCGGCGCCGCUUCGAUGUGGCCCUGGUCGACAUCAUCUCCAACGAGUGCGGCCUGGCGCUGGCCGCGGCGCUCCAGCUGCCCGUGGUCGGCUUCUGGGGCUUCAGCUUCGUCGGUGGAGAGAGCCACGCGACGUCGACGAUGAAUCUGCCGUCGGUGACCCCCACCUUCCUGUCGGACACGGGGCCGCAGAUGAGUCUCAGCGAGCGGCUCUACAAUACCAUCUGCAUGAUCACUCACAAGGUGCUGCUACAGCUGCAGUUCCGCAUCGUCGACGGCUACAUCGAGAAGUACUACCCCGAGGUGCCGCGCGCGGCCUCCCUGGUCAGCAAUAUCGCCGUGGUGCUGGUGCACACCAACUUCCUGGCGUCUCAGCCCGUCCUGCUGCCGCCUAACGUGCAGAUGAUCGGCUGCACCCAGUGUCGGGAGGCCAGGCCGCUACCUAAGGAGUAUGAGGACUUCAUGCAGAGCGCUGGCGAGCACGGCGUCAUCGUCUUCAGCCUCGGCAUCACGGGCUACGAGGCGCUGUCGGUGCCGGACGACUACAUCCACGCAUUCAUGAACGUCUUCGGCAAGCUCAAACAGAAGGUUCUGAUGCGCUUCACCGCCUCUCGGCUGUCCACCAUCCCCGACAACGUCAAGGUGGUGGAGUGGCUGCCGCAAAUAGACGUCCUCGGACACCCACAGACUCGAGCCUUCAUCAGUCACUGCGGCAUGAACGGCAUUAUGGAGGCCUUUUAUCACGGCGUUCCACUCCUCGGAGUGCCCAUAUUCGGUGACCAGGGAGACAAUGCUAAGUUCAUGCACUUCCGUGAACUGGGCAUUGGGCUGGACAAGUUCGGCCUCACGGAAGACAUCCUCAUGGAGUCACUUAACAAGCUGCUCUAUACAGAGAAGUACCGCGACAACGUGCGCCGCGUGGCUGACAUCUGGCGGACGGAACGCGAGUCAGCCACCGACCGCGCCCUCCACUGGAUCCAGCUCGUCUCGAAGUUCGGCACGCCGCACCACCUUCGCAUCGUUGACGGACACUUGCGCUGGUACCAAUACUGGUUACUGGACGUGGUGGCUAUGUUCGCGGCGGUGCUGGCUGCGGUGCUGACGCUGGCGGUGCUGAGCUGCCGGCGCUGCAUGCACUGCGGCGCAAGGGUCGGCCGGGCCACCUCCCCUGGCCGAGUCAAGGCCAAGAUCCAGUAGCGCCUGGCUGAGGUGGUGACGGACUGGGAACAGGGCUCGGUGUCAAGCAAAGUCAGCGCACGGGUUACACGACAAUGUGAGCGUGCAAUGACGGGGGGGGGGGGGGGGGCGGCUCACUGGCUGCUUCCCUUGCUAGCCGACAGAGGGCGGGCCGUUGCUCUCCAUACGUGCUAUAGGUGGGGCCAGUAAAAUCCGUGAUAUGAUUGUGUUCAGCACAUCAGCGAGCCAUUCAAGCGUCGCGUCAUCUUCUAUAUACUUGAUAGACCAGCCUAAUCUAUUGAGUCUUCCCUGGUCAGCUUUUCCAUGUGGGCUUUUUCUUGUCACAAAAAUGGCACACGGCACAUGCCAUAUGACAUAUGAAUAUAUGAUAUAUGACACGGGACUUUU